CAUCACAGCAACAUCCAUUCACCAUCCAACACCUGUAGUGCCACCAACAACAACUCACACAAGCAUCCACAAUGGGUUUCUGGGAUAAGAACGAAGACAAGUACCAGCAGGUGUACGAGAACGACAACUUUGAGGAGAACAAGUCGAGCUUCGGACAUGAAUUGAUUGCCGGAGGAGCUGCCUUUGCUGGUUUCAAAGCGUUCGAGGACCAUCAGCGCAAGGAGGGCAAGCCCGUUUCCCACCAGUUCGCCAAAGAGCUCCUUGCCGGCUUCGCAGGUGCCGAAGUCGACAAGCUCGCCGAGACAAAGGGCGAGGACUGGUUCGACCGCGAGAAGGCUCAGCAUGAGGCUAAAAAGCAAGCCGAGCACAUGUACGACGAGCACUACGUGAACGGCCAGGGUGCGAACCAGUAUGAUCCCAACCAGUACGGGCGCCCUGAGCACUUUGACAGGCGCGGCUGGUAAGCGAAGUCUGUACCGGGUUAGAUUUCAUCUAGAAGGGGGCAGCUUCGAAAGGAACAAUGAAAUAUGUACAAACAUCCCGAC